AUGCAAGCGUUAAAAUACAUUGCGAAUCUUCAAUACACUACUCAGCAGCUGCAAAAAACUGUACGGAGGAUAAGGUCCAUCCAAGAUGCUGAUAACCUACCGCAAAAAUCGAAUGCCAUAUGGAGGAAAUCCGCCAUUGUGUUGUCAAGUUCACGUAAGCACUUUGAAACUGAGGAAUCCUUAAUUUCAUCCCAUAAUGCUACAGCUCACUUGGAAUUUUUGAGAGACAAACUUCUGUUUAGACGCAUUCCAAUAUUGCUAUCACUUCUAGAGCGCAACAUGUGGGUCCUUCGAAAAGUUCGGAAACGUGUUCAAACAAAAGUAGGAACUGAAAGUAACGAGCUCCACGCUCUAGCGAUUUACAACGAUGUGAAGCAGUUGGAACUGGUUUCAAGCGUAUCACCAGAAUCUUUUCUGCAGGACUCCCUUCCCGAAGAUUCGCCUAUGACUACAAGUGUGCUGGAAACCGACAAUAGUCAGUCCCCCCCCCUUGAUAGCUUGGCCGAUAAACCCACACUACAACAUUCGUAUGGGAGUUCAACUCUAACUCACACUGAUGGGACGUCCAUUCCUAUGCAUCCGACAACGGAUGUCUUACAGUCCUAUGACGAGCAGCAGCUUGGUUUGGUUACGCCGCGCCCCAUGUUAGCUGCCGUGCCGCAAGCAAAGUGCGCGUCGAAAAUCCUUCGGCUUCUCCACGCAGUAGACUCUGAGAGGCGCCAACUUCUUCAUGAAAAACGCAGCAGACUCACUCGGCGCAUUCAUCGUCUGGAGGAUGACUUAACGCAUGAAAAAAAGCACGUUAAGUUCAUUCCAAGUAAGCCAAAAGGUGCAGUGAAAAGGGAUGGCAACAAGUUACAUUCUUUAACGGUGAAUGAUGAAGCCAUUGGUGAAUCUCUCCGUAGCGACCUCCACGACGCCUACGCUGAACUUGAGCUACUAAAUCAGUCCUUAAUAGCGCGUUCGUUUCUGUCGGCACGUAUGUGGAAACUACUCCUGGAUGAGGAUAUAUGGAGGGGUGCUAUAGCCCAAGAGCAAAGGCUAAUUCAUGGAGGAAUGCUUCACCAGGAGCACCACGGUGCUACACAUUCCGUGGCUGCCUCUGGUGUGUCACCGUUACUUUCCAUGUCUAUUCUGCUAUCCAGAAUUGUCUUGGCCGCCUUCCGCGACUAUCUUGAGGGCAAAGAGGUAAAUAAAUUCUCCCCUCGCUUCGCUGUCUCGCCACCUUCGAUCGCGUGGUUGCGUAAGAAGCAGCAGCCUGAACUAAAGGGAGCAGAAGGAGAAGAAUCAGAGGCAGCGAAACCACUAUCUUCCUCAGAGGUCCCAAGCGUAGGUAGCUCCAAACACGUGAAGGAAGAAAAGGCUGCGGCACUUGAUGGGAGGGAGGACGAAGAAGAAGAGGACCUACUCCUGGACAUGAUAAGGCAAGCGAGCGACUCAGUCGAAACAAGGAAUGCUUUGAAUAGGCAAGAUAGCACUCUGAAGGAGACAAGCACUUCGCGCGGGUGUGGGCUCACCCGUUCAGCAUCCAAGCGCCGACAUUCCGUAAUCGGACUCCGCUGGAUACCACCGCGCUCAACUAAAGUGCUACCCUUGACCAUCGAGACCCUCGGCAUAUUCUCCUAUACUCUUCCGUAUUUGCCUACUCGUGCAAUCAUUCGUGCUGGUAGAGCACAUGAUAUGUUGAGCUUACUUUCUAUGCUUCAGCAUACUGCGACAGCGGUGCUACUCACGAUUCGUGGGAACGAAUCGGUAGGGUUUCAAACCAUGCACUUUACGCUAAGGAACUUAGAGAACGCAAUGUUAACCGCGAGUCGUGAUUUCCGUGAGGAAGUUGUGUUGAUGCUUCGGGAAGAGAACACCGUAUCCGCACAAACACCUGAACAAGCUGCGCGCAUGAUGAUAGAGAUGGAUGCACUUCACCUCCUUCCCUUGCGCGACCCAACCACGAUAAAGUUGCUUAACCUACUCAUCAGCUUUGUGUUCCCACAGCUUCGGACGAACACCCUCCGGGUUCUUGUGGAAAAGUCCAGGCAAAAUAGCCUACUCGCCUUCGCGACGCGGAAGCAUCGGCUGAAGCUCUACGAGCGCCACGGUCAUGCCAAGGCGGAAUCCUUUCUGUCGGGCACCAUCACGCAGCAGGCGCGGCUGCGACAGCGCCAGAUGGCCGCGGCGCUCCGGGGGGCUCAUCUCGACGAGGUCCAUCAGCGCUCCAUCGCCGACCUCGCCGACGCGCUGUCGCCACACGACUUGAUCGCGCUGCUGCAAAUUGUGGUCGGCCCCCUGUCGGCGGGGCGCGGCCCCGCAGGCCUGGAGAGCCCUUCCCUGGAGAAGAAACGCCUCGCCACAGCGGCCCUCUUCGUGGUGGAGUCGCUCCUCGUCCCCAAAGCGCUGGAAGGGGCGCCGGAUUUGCCGCUUGAGGACUGGGCGAGGCUCUGGGUGGCCCUCAUCGCGCUCCAGCCGGUGGUGGAGCGGUGGCGAGAGGCCGUGCGGCACGGCCCCGAUCCGUCGUCCGGCAAAAGCGAGGGCCUCAUCGUGGACGCCGCGAUGGAGGUGGCCUGUCAAGGCGUGGCGGCGAUUCUCGCCGGGCGGCUGGAAGGAAUUCGCGCGCGAAAGGAGGGGGGGAAGGGGAAAGGGGCGCGGCGCCGGCCCGUGGGUGCCAACGCCGCUCUCGCAGGUGGGGCAGUGCACGACAUGCCCCUCUCUGCGCAGAGUCUCUCGAUCGUUGGGGUUGGGAUCCGGGAGUGGAGAGAAAAUCACGAGAACGGGAAAAAGUACGCGGGGGUUCUCCGACUCUCGAGGCAGGUGGAGGCGGUGGCGAAGCUUCUGCGCGAGGUGUUACUGUAUGACACCUCUCUCCGCCAUGAGCUGCGUCAGUGGGAGGUGGAAAAGCGAGAGGCUUUCCAUCGAGAAAUGACGGAGUGCCUGCGCACCGCAGAGCUGUUGGACAAUACAUCGGAACGCGGCUUGCAGGCGAUUUGCUUCAAGCUAUGA